AUAGAACUAAACCAAGAGAAACAGCAUCAUCGUCUCCGUUCUGUCACACCACACAUGACCCAACAAGUGUUACGGCCUCUAAGACAAUGGCCAUGGUUGCAUCACAGUUCUCGUGUUACAGUUCCACUACACCACCACCAUCGUCAUCAUCAUCUUCUUACCCCUUCACCUGAACCCACAAAGGCAACAUCAACCUCUCAUCGUUCCUCGUUUGCCACGCUCGCUUCGUCUCGCCGAAACAUUCGAUCACCCAACGUUCCACUCCCCACAACAGACUUGGAUUUAGAAUCCAAGAAGAGUCGCAAUCAAUUGAAGCGUGAAGCAAAACGUGCUGUAAAGUGGGGAAUGGACUUAGCUUCUUUCUCUGCUCCCCAAAUCAAACGAAUCCUUAGGGUGGCUUCUUUGGACCAAGUUUUGUUCGAAGCUCUUAUGUUGGUUAAGAGACUUGGACCCGAUGUCCGCGAAGGAAGGCGAAGGCAGUUCAAUUAUAUUGGAAAAUUGUUGCGCGAAGUGGAACCUGAGUUAAUGGAUCGAUUAAUUCAAGCAACCAAAGAUUCUAAUCACAAGGAGCUGCAAGCUUUAACUGGCUUAGGGUCUGACGACGUUGAAGACGGUGAUGACUUAGUAGAAUCUGAAUACGAGGAGGAUGAGGGGGACCCUGAUUGGGAUGAUAGUCAAGUAACAAGGUGGUUUGAUGGUUUGAUCAAUAGGGACACUGAAAUCACCAAUGAAGUUUAUUCGGUUCAGGGAGUUGAAUUCGAUCGUCAGGAGUUGCGAAAGCUUGUACGUAGAGUACACUUUACUCAAGAAAUGAAGGCUGAUAACGAAGAAGACGAGAAAAAAGUAGAGACAGCGACAAUUGGGGCUGAGAAGGCUCUCACUCGUUUCCUUCGUACCCUUUCAAAGAGAAUGCUUAAUGAAUAUCAAUACGUCAAUUAACCGCACCAAAAGUGCGAGAAAUGCAUGGUAAGACUUAAACCAUACAUUGUAUUUGUGAGAAACAUGCUACGGAAAGCCAUCUAUUAAUUUUAAUUUGAAUAAUGAAGAAUCUCAUUUUUUUUUUUUGGUUAAAAUUUGGACAUCAAACCGUAUUGUUGUGCUCUUAGAAUAUUGGUGUCCAUUUAAUACUUCAAAUUUUUAG